AUGGCGUGUAAAAUGGAAGACGACGAGCAAGGUUACGAUGUGAAUCGUUUCGUUGGCGAAGUGAGAGAAGAUCUGCUCUGUUCUGUUUGCCAAGAUGUGCCAAAGGACCCAAGAGUUUGCCAGAAUGAAGACCACAUAUUUUGUUUGGCUCAUAUAUCACGACAUCUUCAUCAAAAUUCUCACACAUGCCCAGUUUGCAGAGACCCCCUGACUCUAGAAACCCUGAAACGUCCUACAAGAAUUUUGAAGAAUUAUUUAGAAGAUCUGAAAAUCAAGUGUGACCACCAUGAUUGUGGCUGUCCUGACGUUGUCCGCCUUGAAGAUCUUCAAAGACAUGUCGAUCAAUGUGGAUUCGCGCCCGUCAUGUGUGGAAAUAAAGGAUGUGGGACCGAGGUGAAUAGACGAGAUCAAGAAAACCAUGAAAGAUAUCUCUACCAGUUUAGAAUCGCCAAAUGUCACGAUUGCAGAGAUAUUAAAGCAAGUCAAGAUGAAAUGAAAGCAAGUCAAGAUGGAAUGAAAGCAAGCCAAGAUGAAAUGAAAGCAAGCCAAGAUGAAAUUAAGGUAAGACCAGAUUUCCUUCGUCUAUUUUAUUAGGUUUGAAUGCCAAUCAUUGUAAUUGUUUUGUAGAUAUCGUCUCAAACGAUCUGUGCCAGUGUUGGUAACGCCUAUAACAGAUAUCGACAUACUUUCAUAAAGAAAUUUUGCAAGAUUCCUAAUUAUAUAGUCAACAUAUAUUAACCAUAGUUUGCCAGAAUGAAUACAGUGUGAUCUCUGAGAUCACAUUUUAACACUAAUACUGUAAUUCAGGAAUUCCAAAGUGAAGUGAAAAUUGAGAUCGAAGAAAUAGAAAGAAAACAAGAUGAAAUUAAGGUAAGACAUGAUUGUUCAGUUAUUAUUUGCAGAAUUGUAUGGCGAUCAAUAUCAUUGACACCCUUGCAUGAGUUGAACGAAAAGCUCCCUAUUUAAGGAGUCGUAUCGUGUAAAUAAAUAUCUAACCAAUAUCUAUAAUAUGUAACUAAAAGUAACGUUAAGUUGUUUUUGAAAUGACAACUUUAAUGAAUUACAAACAGUUUUGUUGUACAUAAACAAAAUCAAUUUAACAACAUCUUCGUUUUUAAUGUGAAACAAUUUCAGGAAAUAUCCAGAAACUAAAGCAUGAAGAAUUAAAGGACUUUCAAGCACUUCUUUAUAAAUUCAAGGACUUUCAAGGCCUUGAAUUUUUGUUUUCAAAUUCAAAGACUUUCAGGUUUUGUACGAAUCCUGGUAGAUAUCGUCUCGAACGAUCUGUGCCACUGUAAAUAGCGACGAUAAUAACACAGCUCCGGAUUGAGUGAUUUUUGAUGCAGUUGUGUCUCUCUCUCAAUCAACAGCUAUCUUUGUAGAUAUCGACGUACGUUUAAACCUGGUUCAUAUAUGCUUGCGGCAUGCCUGCGACUGUAUCAUUAUGCCUCUACUUGCCGCCGAAAUACCGGCAAAGUUGAGCUCAAGUCAACUUUCCCGGCCUACCGCCGAUGUAACUGUCGCACUAGGGACAAUCGGCGAACAAAUAAUUUACGUUUUAAAGCUACCCCCGGCGAUGUACGUCGCAGGUAUAUAUGUGAAAUUUUGAAAGAGAGAAAGAAAUUUUGCAAGAUUCCUAAUUAUAUAGUCAAUAUAUAUUAACCAUAGUUUGUCAGAAUGAAUGUAGUCUGAUCUCUGAGAUCAUUUUAACACUAAUACUGUAAUUCAGGAAUUCCAAAGUGAAGUGAAAAUUGAGAUGGAAGAAAUAGAAAGGAAACAAGAUGAAAUAAAGGUAAGGCAUGAUUCUUUAGUUAUUCUUUGCAGUGUUUUAUAGCCUGUCAAUAUCAUUGACACCAUUAAAUUCAAUGAAAAGCUCCAUAUAGGUAUAGGGAGCUAAAGCAUAUACUUUAAUUUAGGAAAAUGUUGGCGAGAUCAAGAAAUCUCAAGAUGUUAUAAAUGUUAAAGUAAAUCAAAUGAAGGUAAGACAACAUUGUGUUUUUAGGCUUAUAUAUCGAGCAAUCAAUACAGUCUGUUAUAUUUAUCUGCUUAGCAAAGCUACGAGUGGACCACUUAUGACCACAAGUGACAAGGAGCCGUUUUGGGUAAAUAAAUAUGAAUUGGAAAAUGACGAAUCUUCAGUUAUAAUCCAAAUCUCAGUAAACAUGGCUUUCCAUUUCAUGCAGAGAAUUAUAGCACUUUUUCGCCGUUCACGACAAUUCUGCUAUUCUGAACCGAGUUUGUCACUCGUGCAAGUCAUUCACUCGAGUGGUCGUGGUCACCUCAUGAUCAUGGUCAACGUCACAUCUCAGAUAUCUUAACACUCUACUUUGAUUUAGGAAAAUGUUGACGAAAUGAAGCAAUCUCAAAAUGUUAUAAAUGAUAAAGUAAAUAAAAUGAAGGUAAGACAAAAUUGUGGCGAGCUUCUUUAGGCUGAUGUAGCUACAUUUAUCUACUUGUCAAACCUUUCAUUCCCUAGGCUGUCUUCCAGUCCACUACACACAACGGUUGAGUAGACUGGAACACAGACUACCAUUCCCAAGCUAAGCCCACAUCUUCAUCAAUGCACAUUUUUAUUGAUGAAUGCACAUCAAUGCACAUGGUGCAAAGUCAUUCACUCGUGUGGUCCUGGUCACUCAUGAUCAUGGUCAGCGUCACAUCUCAGAUAUCUUAACACUUCUACUUUAAUUUAGGAAAAUGUUGACGAGAUCAAGCAUUCUCAAAAUGUUAUAAAUGUUAAAGUAAAUCAAAUGAAGGUAUGACAACAUUGUGUGGAGCUUUUUAAGCUCGUGUAUAUAGCUACAUUUAUCUACUUGCCAAACCUUUCAUUCCCUAGCCUGUCUUCCAGUCCAACACACACAACGGUUAAAUCGACUGGAACACAGACUAUAAUUCCCUAGCUAAGUCAACAUCUUCAUCACCGCACAUUUUUAUUGAUGAAGAUUCGCUUCAUAUCCUGGUUUAAGCAUUCGAAGCUUCGUCAAACAGAAUAUGCUCUUUUCCACAAAAUAAAACAAUUAUAAGAUUAAUUUUUACUUACUGUAUUAACCACAGUUUAUCAUUCGAUCUGAUCUAAAAAUACACCUGAGUGGACCAUGGUUUGACGGACGUUUGCUGUAAAUAAAUGUGAAUUUUGAAAAUCAUCAGCCUUUGAUUAAAUGUAUAAUUAAAACCUCAACAAAGAUAUUAUUUUUUAUUAUACACUUUUUCACAUUUUAUAAUUAAUUCUACUAUAAGGUCCGAACCGGCUUUUUAUCACUCGCCCAUGUCAUUCGCAUUUGUGAUCAUCUCUGAGAUAUCUUAAAUUAACACUAUAUAUAUAUGGAUACAUCUACUUGAAAAGGUGGCAAAGCUUUCAAUCUGUAUAAACCUUAAGAUUUCCAUCAUUGCACAUAUGAUUUUAUUGACGAAGACUUGAGCUUACGGGUUGCAAGCUUGGUAAAAAACUAUCAACUUAAAGUUUUUCAGAAAACAGAACAAUUAUGAGUUACGUAUUUUUACUCACUGCGUGAACCAUAUUUUAUCAAAAUGUAUUAUACACUGUCAUCUCUGUUCUCUGAGAUAUCUGACCAUUAACAACGCAACCUAGAAAUGCAAGUUUUUAAUUUUACUAUUCAGGAUAAUGUUGACGGGAUGAAGCAAACUCAAGCAGAAAUGAAAGCCGAGCAAAUGGCGUUUGAAGCCGAGGUAGGAAACCAAUUUGAAAGAAUGAAAGUAAUGUUAAAUCAACUGUUGCAAAGAAGAAAUACAAACAGCAAUGGGGCUCAAGCUUUAUAUCCUACAGUUCCGGUUAACAACCACGACAUUAUUAUUCUUGGCGGUUGGUAUGCCUCAACACGUGAAUGUGUAUUGAAUACAGUAGAAAAAGUCAACAUAGUAGAAGGAAAGUCGACUCAGCUCCCAAAUCUAAAUCACCUUCGAGGAGAAUCAGCAUCACGUGUUCACAACGGUGACGUCAUCAUCACUGGCGGUUAUGAUGGUCAAGCUAGUACAGACAGCAUUGAGAUUUUAAAGAUAAACCAGGAUCCUUUGCGAUGGAUGAUAUUUGAUGGUAAACUGCCGGUCAAGUUAUCUGCUCAUGACGUUGUAGUUUAUCAAGGUAAAUUAUACGUCAUGGGAGGAUAUAACGGGAAUGAAGGCAAAACAACCGAUAACAUCUACGAACUUUCUAUUAUCCCGCCUUAUACUGCCAAGCUCCUGGCUAGAAUGCCUCAGCCAACAAGAAACCACAAAGCAGAGAUUGUAAAUGGCAAACUAUUUAUCUUGGGAGGAUCGACAACAGGCUAUAGUAAAGACAACAUUGAUAGCGUUGUCGUGUAUGAUUUCAUCAAGAAUGAGGUCAAACCAUGUCUAUCGUUACCCAAGCCUGUCAAGGGAAUGUCCACAGUUACUUGGGGUAAUAUCAUUAUAUUUAUUGGCGGUAAGGAUAAGAAUGACCAGGUCUUAAAUGAAGUCACCAUGUACGACACUGAAUCAGGACAAAGUCAGAAGUUGCCUCCACUGAUACACAAGAGGUUCGGUUCCUCAGCAGUAAUUAUGGAUGACGUCAUUAUUGUAUUGGGAGGAUGGAAUAAGGAGGAGGGACAUCUCAAUUCAGUAGAAAGUUUCACAAUGGGUGGUGAUCAUUGGAGAGAACUGCCAGGGAUGAAGGAAAAAAGAUGUGGCGCAACUGCUGUAGUAAAACCUCGCAACUGAAAAGCUCUCCAAUAUAACCUUCUUAGGCCCGUUUCAGACGGCGUACUUCUCAUGUGCCGAACUUAAUUGAUGAAUUAGGUACGGCAGAAGAGCGACGUAUGAAUCAAUUAAGUACGGCAGAAUAUGGAGCGGCAAAAGUUCGACACAAGUUCGGCAGAGCUUGUCGCAUUAUGCGACGUUGGAGCGACAUUGAUUCAUACGCCGCUCCACUCAUGUGCCAAACUUAAUUCAACUUUGGUCUAAAAAUAAACUUAUUUAUUUUGAAUUUUAUUGAGGUUUAAUUUCGCUGGCGAAUGCGCCCCGACCUUGUCAAUAACAUUGUAUUUGGUACGCCGUUUGAAUCACUGCCGCUCUUGUGUCGCAUCUAAUACAAUUAAGUUCGGCACAUGAAGAGUACGCCGUCUGAAACGGGCCUUGUUCGCCUUUGCAUGAAUAUCAUAAUUGAUCCAAUAAACGCCCACUCUCUAAUAAAUGCCUUCUAUCUAAUAGACGCCGCAGUCAACCCUGACUUUGUUAAAAUAGACGCGUCUCUCUUUAAGAAGCCUCUCAUGUGAUAAAUUGAUCAAACAUUUAUUCGAUUGAACGCUUAUUAAAUUAUUAAUGUUGGGUAUAUAGGUAUAAUGAAAUGUAAGAGCUAUGAAAGUUGAAGAUUUUGACUUUCGUUCAUUCUGCAAACUCUUGGAAAGUGUUAUUUAAGAAACCUAGAUAUGCCGUAUGUAAGAAUAAAUGCCCCUUUCUAAUAGACGCCUCUAUCUAAUAAACGCCCCCUUCACGAUAGGAAAAUUUAAUCAACGCUCAGGACGUUUGUUGGAUCAUUUGCGGUACUUUGUGCCAUGAGGGUUGAUCAUCAGAUUUGUAAUCUCAUGUCGUGUAGAUACUAAAUAUGCACACAAAAGAAAAUGAAUAACAUUGACUGAAACCUGAUCAUAAAACACCGGCCCUGAGUUCUAACCCUUCAACGUUGGUUACGGUUCAGGUUGUUUAAUGCUCAGGCUUCAGUCAAUGUUAUUUAUUUCCCUUUCAUUUGCAUAUUUAGUAUCUACACGACAUGAAAUUAUAACCAUCAUCAAUGACCUGCACUUGGGUUAACUCGCUGAUCUCAAACCUAACACUGGAUAGUGCAUCCUCUAUGCAGAAAUGAAGGCAAUGUCGGCCAUAUUGAUGUGAGCAGCACAAAUCUACUGUGGUGUUGAUGACAUAGUGUAGGAGGUUCUUACAGUUUCUAGUUAUCGCUGAGAAAGGAUAAACAUUGUCUGAAUAUAAAUUUAUCAACACUGGCCUCUCUUCCCCCUUAAAUUUGCUCGUGAAUAACUGAUGUCACACCAAGAUGGCUGCCACAAGUCUCAUUAUCUAGUGUUUAAAACGUUCUAAAACUCAUUAGAAGAAAUAUGGAAAGCUAUAUUUUUUAAGUUACAUAGGAAAACACAUUUGCUUCAUAAUGCACUAAUUUAAACACGUCGUGAUACGAUUUGCAGAGAUUUUGACAGACUUUAAGAUCUCCAUUGAUUAUAAAUAUUCUGACUUCAAAAUUGGUUUAUUGAAUACAAAAGGAAACACUAUCCAGUGUUUACAGAUCAGUGGGUUAACUUUACUGUGAAGCGUAUUGUGUUUCCACUUUAUAUAUAACUUGUAUAAUUUCCAUGUAAAUAUUCUAUGUAUAAAUUACUUUCCCUAUAACUAGCAUUUGCUCAAACAAAGAUUUUCAUCAAUUUAAUCAUGUAAAAGUUUUAGAUAUAACCCAUAUAAUCUCGGUGUAAAUAUUGAAUAUCUAUGUAGUUUCGUUGAAAAAAUGCUAAUUAGCCUGUUCGCAGGCUACAUGCUAAUAUACCUUUUGUUGAACAAAAACAUUUUAAUCUGAACAUUGACAUUAGUAAUAAGUAGAAUAUUGAAUUGAUUUGAAAUAAGUAUAUAUAAAUAUAGUC